CGUCCUCGCCAGUAGCUAGCCCGCCGCCACGACGUCUAGGUUGUAAUGGUGUUGUUUUCCGUGGUCCCGGUCCACCCUGCCCUAGGAUCGUGAGGAUGCUGAGUGCAUUUUUCAGCAUGAAGACUUGUGGAUUACCCGCGGCAACGGUCCUGGGCGUUGUAGCUCUCCUUGUAAAAGCAGUCAGUGGGCUGAGACUAUCAGAUCUACAAGGCCCAAGUUGGCCCAACCGUGGUGACAAUGCCCAGCUUGAAUGCAAGUUCGACACUGAAGCUGCUAAACUGUAUUCUGUCAAGUGGUACAAAGAUGAGUUCGAGUUCUACAGAUAUAUGCCGGACAGCCAUCCCAGCAGUCAGGUGUUCCCUGUACCUGGCGUCUCAAUUGAUGAGAGCAGAUCGGGGAUUGACCGAGUAAUGCUAACAGACUUAACUUUCGCCAGCAGCGGCAGUUAUAGAUGUGAAGUGUCCACAGAAGCUCCAAACUUCGAGACUAUCUUCCAAAACCACAAUAUGACCGUCCUAGCGUUUCCGCGCCACACCCCAAUCAUAGAGGGGAUGGAGGAGACAUACUCAGUACACGAUGAGGUAGCGGUCAACUGUACAGCGGCCCCUUCCAACCCUACGCCCAGGGUCUACUGGUACAUCAACAACCUUAAGGCAGACGACUACCUAGUGGACUCUCCUGACAAUCCAGUAAGGUAUCCUGACAACACCUCUACAACCUGGGCCACUCUCAAGUUCGUCCUCCAGAGGCAGCACUUCCUGGGCCCCGGCAAACUGCUGUCUCUCCGGUGUGACGCCGAGGCACCUCACAUACAGACACAGUCCACCACGAGGGAGGCACGACUGCCGGGCGCUCUGAACGAGAUGCUUGCUCAACAGAAGAGGGAAUCUGGUGCUGGUGCUUCAAGGUCAGAGAUCUUUGUCCUGGUCUUCACUACAAUCCUGAUAUCAACGUGACAUUAGCUAUAAAAUAAUUAUCUUCCAGAAGUACGUUCAGACUAAUCAUUAUUAAAAUGCGAAGAAAGAUUUCUUUUUUAUCUGAAAUUGUAUAAAAACAACUUUCUGAAUGUUGUCCGUUUUGCCUGUUCUUAAAUUGUUGUUGAAUUGUUAAACAUAUGCAUGCAUAAAUUAUUUGGCCUAUAUUUUUUGUAGAUUCUCCAAAUAGUGGCCAAUUUAAGUCCGGAAUGUACAAAGACACUUAAUGUAUUAUUUUAUACGUCUUUUUUAAGCUUUCUCACAGAUUUGAGCCUACUGUAUAUUCAACCCAUGUAAGAUACGUAAGCUCAUAAAAUAUUUAAAUUGUAUAACCUUAUUGAAUUUAUAACUCGAUUAGUACUAUAUGCACAUAAACAGAUUGUUAUUUCCAACUAUAAAUAUUGUGUUGUAUAAGCACGUACAAAAUUUGUACACAUUGAAUAUUUAUGAUAGUAUAUACUUUUUAUAACCUUAAAGGUAGUUAAUGUAUUAAGCUUAAAAAAUAAGAUUUGGCUUUGGAAUCCAAUCCUUUAUUGCCUAAAUGCCAUUGAAAAACAAAUUGGAAAAAAAUACUAACCUAUAUUGGACAAUUUUGUUAAAAGUUAGGAUUUACUUGUACAGAUUCAAAAAAAGGUUAACAGUUGAAAUGUACCUGUUUUGAGAAAUAUAGUUUUUAAUAUUAUAUUAAGUGUAGUUUUUUGGGGUAUAUAAUUUGUUUUAUGACUUAGGUUUACUACAUGAUUUAAUUUGUAAUCAUAGAGGAUAAAUUGUAAUAUUGUAAGUAAACUUGCCUAUCAAAAUCUGCUCUAUUGUGCUAGCUAACUCUAUUGUAGCCUAACGCAGAACUUCACUGUAACAAGCUCCAUCGAUGUCCAAUUAACAAACCUUAACUGUGUAAUAUUAAUUACUUUUAACCCAGUUAUUUCCUAGUCUUGUGGAUCAUUUUCAAGAAAUUUCAAAGAAAAAGUUCCUUAAAGUAUUUGUCCAAAAAUUAAAAACAAAACACUGACAAACAUUGACUAAUAUUGUGCAAUCUAUUUAGAAUGUAUAUAAGUUAUUUGUAACCAUGUUCCUUAUUGUGACAGAGAAAUAAUAUGUUAUAUCAUUGAAAUGUAUCAAAAUAUUUUGUAAAUACGGGCUGAAUAAGUUUCAAUGUUUCGCAAUAUAAUGUAUGUAAGAUUAUACUAAAGGGAAAUAAAAUACUGUA